AUGACAUCAAAUCAACCAAUUGAUUUUAGUUUUAAUAGUAACUCAAACAUUCUUGGACCUGAUAUCUCAGUUGUUAAUAGUGAAAAUAAUAAUAGUAAUAAUAAUAAUGCCAACAACAAUAAAGACUCCAAUAACAUAAUAGAUAUUCAAGAGACGGAAGACAAUGAAUCAUAUGUUAAUAUUGAAAGUUUAAGUAUUAAUACUCAAUCACCACAACCACCAGAACAACAACAAUAUGAACAAUAUGAACAACAAGAACAACAACAACAACAACAACAACAACAACAACAACAACAACAACAACAACAACAACAACAACAACAAUAUGAACAACAAUAUCAAAAUGAAGUAGAUGAUAUAGAUAAUGAUAAAUUACCUUUGUUAAGUAAUGAUGAAAUUGAAAGCAAAAAAGCAAAAGUAGAACCAAUAAGGAUAACAAAUUAUAACUUUUUAGAAGUAUUAAAACCAGAAUUAGUUAAUUAUAUAUUUUUAAAGGUUGGAGCUUUAGAUAUGACAUCAUUGAUCGGAGUUAAUAAGCAAUGCUAUAGAAUCGGUAUGAAUGAAAAGCUAUGGUUAUAUUUUGUAGAGAAUGAUUUUAGAGUGGACAUUCACGAGAUACAUCAAUUGAUUAGAUUGAAUGGUGGUGUACGUUCAUUGUAUGCAAAUCUUUAUUUUAAACAAAAGAAUAGUAUUCCAAAACAGUCAUCGCCAAAUCCAUUGAUCAAAUAUUUCCUUAAACCAAUUUCAAAGUUACCAAGUUUAUUCACUCGUAAAGAGUAUAAAACCUUAAUGUAUGGUUUAGAUAGUACCGGUAAAACUACAAUGCUCUACAAGUUUGCGCGUGGUGAAAAUGUUAGAACCACUCAUACAAAUGGUUAUAAUGUUGAAGUGGUCGAAUAUAAAUCUUGUGAUUUUAUUUGUUGGGAUGUUGGUUAUGAAGAUUCUUCAUUAUCUCCUCAAAUUUUAUCACCAACAAAUAGUAAUAAUAAUUUAAAUAAUAAUAAUAAUAAUAAUAUAAAUAAUAAUAAUAAUAAUAAUAAUAAUAAUAAUAAUAAUAAUAAUAAUAAUAAUAAUAAUAAUAAUAAUAAUAAUAAUAAUAAUAAUAAUAAUAAUAAUAAUAAUAAUAAUAAUAAUAAUAAUAAUAAUAAUAAUAAUAAUAAUAAUAAUAAUAAUAAUAAUAAUAAUAAUAGUAAUAAUAAUAAUAAUAAUAAUAGUAAUAAUAGUAGUAGGGUAUCAUCGCCGCAACAUCAAAAACCGCCUGUUUGGCAACAUUAUAUUCAAGAUACUCAAGCAAUUAUUUUUAUUAUAGAUGCAACAGAUAGUCAACGUUUAGUACGUCAAGCUAAAGAAGAGUUUUGGAAAAUGGUAACAGAUAAAAAUGUACAAAAGAUUGUAAAUAACUUUAAACAACCAAAUCAAGAUUCUUGCAAGGUUAAAGUUUUAAUUUAUGCAAAUAAAUAUGAUCAAACAAAUCCUAUGACAACUUUAGAAAUUACUCAAGCAUUAUCAUUAUUUAAUUUACCUGAUCAUAUAGUUUGGCAUGUUCAAGGUUGCUCGGCUAUAUCAAAAGAUGGUGAUGGAUUAUAUGAAGGAUUGGAUUGGUUAAGUUCACAAUUUGAUUCAUAA